UGUAGUGGUAUUUACUAGCAUUGAAGCCGCGGUCACAUCGAAAUCGCACUCAUUGAAAAAGUCGAAAAUAUUGUGUGGGUUUUUAAAAACGCAAACGUCGCCGAAACGCGUAGCCCCAAAUGCACACGCCAAGUGCAGAGUUAAAGAUAAAGCCAUUCCCCUAGUUGGGGGAUAUAAAUCGGAUGUUGGAUUAGAUUUUAAGAGAAAAGUCGGAUAGAAAUCACCACUACUACUACACGGACAGCAGCAACAACAACAGCAGCAAGAAGGAGAAGAGCAAGAAGAAGAAGACGAGGCAGCGCAGUCGGCAGCGCAGCGACAGAGAGAAAAGAUGGCGACGAGAGGCAGUGGAACCCGUGUGCAAUCGCAGCCAAAGAUUUUCCCAUCGCUGCUUUCCAAGCUCCACGGCGCCAUCUCGGAAGCUUGCGUCUCACAGCGCCUGUCCACCGAUAAGAAGACGCUCGAGAAGACUUGGAAACUGAUGGACAAGGUGGUCAAACUAUGCCAACAGCCCAAGAUGAACCUAAAGAAUAGUCCACCAUUUAUUUUGGAUAUCCUGCCGGAUACUUAUCAGCGCUUAAGAUUGAUCUACUCGAAGAACGAGGAUCAGAUGCACCUGCUCCAUGCCAACGAGCACUUCAACGUGUUCAUCAACAACCUGAUGCGAAAAUGCAAGCAGGCCAUCAAGCUUUUUAAGGAGGGCAAGGAGAAGAUGUUCGACGAGAACUCCCACUACCGCAGGAAUCUCACUAAGCUCAGUUUGGUUUUCUCGCACAUGCUCAGUGAACUAAAGGCUAUAUUCCCCAACGGGGUCUUCGCCGGUGAUCAGUUUCGGAUCACCAAAGCAGAUGCGGCAGACUUCUGGAAGAGUAACUUCGGUAACAGCACAUUGGUUCCCUGGAAGAUCUUCCGACAGGAGCUAAAUAAAGUACACCCCAUAAUCUCCGGCUUGGAGGCUAUGGCUCUAAAGACCACCAUUGAUCUGACCUGCAACGACUUCAUUUCCAACUUCGAGUUCGACGUAUUCACACGACUCUUUCAGCCAUGGGUAACCUUACUGCGCAACUGGCAGAUCCUGGCCGUCACACACCCGGGCUACGUGGCCUUUCUCACAUACGACGAGGUGAAAGCUCGCCUGCAGCGCUACAUCCUCAAGGCAGGCAGCUAUGUGUUUCGGCUCUCCUGCACGCGUUUGGGUCAAUGGGCCAUCGGAUACGUCACUGCCGAGGGAGAGAUUCUGCAGACAAUCCCACAGAAUAAGUCGCUGUGCCAGGCGCUACUCGAUGGCCAUCGCGAGGGCUUUUAUUUGUAUCCGGACGGCCAAGCUUACAAUCCGGAUCUGUCUUCUGCCGUUCAAAGUCCAACCGAGGACCACAUCACCGUAACCCAAGAGCAAUACGAACUAUACUGUGAAAUGGGCAGCACUUUUCAGCUGUGCAAAAUCUGUGCGGAGAACGACAAGGACAUCCGAAUUGAACCUUGCGGACAUUUAUUGUGCACGCCCUGCCUCACCUCCUGGCAAGUGGAUUCCGAGGGACAGGGAUGUCCCUUCUGUCGGGCUGAGAUCAAGGGCACCGAACAGAUUGUCGUGGACGCCUUCGAUCCGCGCAAACAACACAACCGGAAUGUCACCAAUGGGCGACAGCAGCAGCAGGAAGAAGACGACACUGAGGACAUGGGCGACUUCAACAUAGCCACCUCAUCGCUCCACGCACUUAGCACAUCCUCAACGGUGGCGGCCGAGAAGCACAGUCCUCACACAUCGCCCCGUUUGGGACGCCGCAGUACCACGCCCAGUCUGAUGGCCGUGCAGAACGAUCUCUAUGCGGGCGGCACGCCCACCCUUAGCCUACCCAGCAGCUCAUGCUCCUCCAUCGCCGCCGCCUCCACAUCCUCCUCCUGCUCAUCAGCAUUAGUAGCAACAGUGACAGCUUCAACAUCCUCCUCCCAGCAUCAGCAACCGCAGCCAUCGGCUCCUCCUGCUUCGGCGGUCCUUAGCAAUGGAGGUGGAGGCGGCGGAAUCAGCACCAGUCAGAAGAACACAAAUCGAAUGAGUGCACCGCUAAUUGGAUCCUGUGUUGCCAAUUCCACCUAUGGCCAGAAGUUGCCCCACAACUCCACCAGCAGCAACAGCACCUCCAGCGACAAUGCUUCCAGCUCGAGUUCAUAUGCCAUCUUACAGAAUCUUCAUGAUCCGGGUACACCUGGAACGGCGGCAGCAGUGGUGGCUCCUCCUCUGCCACCCAGAAAAUCUUCACCUGGCGUAGAGACACCCAGCAAGGCCACGGCUCCACCACCACCAAGCAGCAGCAAGAGUAUCGACAACAUCCAGUGCAGCUUGGACAAUGUGCCGCCGCAAACGACUGCUCCACCGAUUCCGCCACAUGUCUCGCCCAGCGUGGACACCUUGGCCGAAGAUCUUAUGCGACAGCAACGCAUAUCAACGAGUACUACAUCGCCGGUGCUCUCACUGCUGGACGAGGACAUCGUGGAGGUAGGUCCCGCGGAAACUAUUAGCGGAGUGAUCGAUACCCGUCCGUUGGAGGCGCGCGGCGUGACCUUGACUCGGCAGGAUUCGGCAUCUUCCCACUAUACGCAACUUUGCACCACCAGCAGUGGUGGUUCCGCUGCAGCACUGGCCAAUGGAAAGAAGGCCACUCCGGCCAAACAGAGCCAAACUACAACGACGACAACAGCGACAGCGGUGUCGGGCAAUGGGCAAUCUAAUCCUACCCAGCAAUCCCAGCCGCUGCUUUAUGCGAACGUGACGAUCAAUCAAAAAGACUGCGGCACCGUGCCCUACGAGAACAUUAACCUGGAGUACAUUGCCCGGCUGAUGAACGCGGGCUACUCCAAGGAGAACGCGAUAACCGCCCUGGGAAUUUCGCGCAACAACAUCGAGAUGGCCGGCGACAUCCUGCGCGAGUUUGUCUCCAAGAACAGCGCCUGAAGUGCCAUUCCGGCGGAUUGUUAAACCGGAUGACAGUGCAUCACCUAAAUGAAAAAAAUCAAUCAGUCGAACUUCUCUAACUCGAAGAAAAUUUGGAAAUAUAUUCUCAAUUUCCAAAUAUUUAUUGAGAUUUUAAGUAGGUUGUUAUAUUUUUAAAAAUAACAAAAUUAGGAUUCUAAUCGGUGAAAUUGUUUUCUAUUAAUGUAGUCAUUUUCUGUUAGUGUAAAAGUUUAAUUAGUGUCUCAAAGAAAAACAUUCAGAUUCCUUUUUUAUUUUAGGGUAUUUAAAUUAACUUUGUAAUUUAUUUUAAUUCUAUAAGAUAUGUAAUUAUUUUUUGCUUAAAGUUUUUUUUGUUUAUUGAAAUAUAUUAAUUUAUAAUAUAAAUAAUAUAAAUCUUAACAUUAAUUUAUAAUACCAAAUUGUAGGAAACUCAGUCGUUAAACGCUAGUGCCAUUCAAAUUUGUAAUAUUAAAUCGCAAGUUAGAGAAGGUCGACUGUAAUCAAGAAGCAUACGAAAAACGCGUUAGACUCUAAAACCAUGGUAUAUAUUCUUCGAUUUAGGAGCACCAGACUCACACACCUGUCCCCCAACACACAGUUACGCUAGGUUAGGCGAUCCCAGAAGAUGAAACCCUAAGAAAACCCCACUUGGCGUAGCCAGCACAAGCAAUUCAAGUUUCCCCGUUCGAAAAAAGGUUAUUAAAGAAACAAAAAAAAGAAAACCAAUUAAAAUAUUGCCACUAAGGCGAACAAAAAGUUAAGCACAACCCUUGGAUAUCAAAUAUAGCUAUGUACACUUAAAUUAAGACUAUCUAACUUCUUCCUAUUAAGAGAAAACAAAUAUAUAAGAAAUAAUAACUCGUAUAUACGCAGUUCUGGAAGAAAAACUUGCCCACCCCGAAAAAUACACACGAAAAGUAAAAUUCAAAUUUUCUCUCGCUCUUUGAUAUAGAUUAACAAAUCAGAAAACGAAAAGAUCUGGUCUAUAUAUUGUAUCUCAACUAGGUCGAUGCUUUUUUUCACUAUCAUGCCCAUGAGCCCAUCUAUAAGUAGUCCAUCGUUUCAUCCAAAAAAAAAAAAAAAAAAGAAAAACCAACAGAAUAUUGUUGAUUGGAUGCAUCAUCGUAGGAGAUCAGAAUCGAACACAGCCAUUAUUGAAAUGCCUUCGGUGGCAAAUGCCUCCAAAAAAACAAACACAGAACUCUGAGUUUCCCCUUAACACCAAUUGCAAGCAAGGAUUACACAAGUGAAGGACACAACACCCAAGCAGAUCCGAUGCACUAUCAAGUUUACCUCGAUUUUUUAUACAAAGCUCGAACGUUUUUGUAAUAGUACUCGUAAGUUCAAAUCGAAUCAAUUAAUCUUCCCGAAUGUUUAACGAGAAUAUAAUCAUAAUUCAAUUUUUAUUACGAAUCCCUUUUUACUGGCUUUAUAUAUGAUAUGAUAAUCGAUCGAUCGGUUUUUAAAUUUGUCAAAACAAAAACAGUUCUAGUCCCACACAAAAAAACACAAUUUUUGCCAUACUCGUAUAUCUACUAAACCUAAGCGAUAUAUAUAUAUAUAUAUUUAUUUAUAAAUAGGCGAUAUAUAUUUAAUGUGCAAAAACAAAAUCGAAUCGAAAUCAAUGCAAUAUAUUCACUAAACGAGAAAUCAAUGCAAAAGUUAAAUCAUAAGAUGUUUGAAAUAACCUCAACACAUACGAGUAUAGAAGUAUAUAAACGAAAAAUGAAAGGAUCUUGAGAUUUUAAGCAGCGUAAGGACAAAGGAUACAAAUUGUAAUUCCCAGCAUAUUAAAAAGAGAGCCCAACAACCGAAUGGAAAGUGAAGUUUAAGAAAGCACACGAGAGUUUGAAGUGAAGCUAAUGAUGAUACCAUACCAUAGUCAUGUCAUGUAACCAAACAAAUCUAAGCAGAUAUAAAUUAUUCUUAUAAAUAAAAACAAAAAAUUAAACCAAAAA